AUGACUCUAUGCCAAUGUGUUAUAACAUUGCGAGUAUGGCAUCUAUUCCCUCCGAGUCGGAGUCGCUUCAUCAGAUGGCUGGCGGUCACCGUCUUCAUCGCUUCCUUGGUAGCAGCUGCAAUAUUUGUCGCCAUCGACUAUGAUGAGAUUAGGAAUGUCACUGGCACGAGCGUCUCGCAGUUUAACUUGGCACAAGCCCUUCCAUUUGAAUAUGGCAUCUACCUACCAGCCUUGGUCGUCCAUACGACCAUGUUCUUACUUACGCUAUAUCGCUUUCGCGUCAGCCCCAGAACCUUGCAGCAACACGGGAUGAUCCACCGAUUUGUCAAAGAGGGCAUGUUCAUGUAUGCAUUUGCAGCUGGUGAAUACAUCUGGAUCCUUUUCGUUUACCAGACGCUCAAGCAAAUAACAGGAACGAUGCUGCAUGAAAUCAUCGGUCUUUCUUCGGAAAGACGACAGGACAUAUCUGUUUAUGAUGUAGCUAUUUUGGGAGAGAUAGUAGUAGCAGCCACAGUCAUCUCCGUCUGUCGCGCGAUGCUAAGCAUCCGCUCCUUAGCUGCAACUCACCAUGUCGAUCCGGCAUGGUUGCUCAAUCAUGCGGAACUCAGUCGUGUCCAAUGGAGGAUGGGAACCACCGAAGGAGAAAUCCUCGUUGAAGUCAAUGAGAUGGAUGUGGUUGUCCCAUCCAGAUCUCUGGCAUUACCUACUCGAAAUAUCGGAAGAGAAGACGAAAUGCAGAGAUUGACACAUUCUCGUGGAAAUAGGAUAGGAGUGUAA